UUUCCAAUGCCGGAUUUGCUCUGGGUUAUCUUUUCUCAUUCAUGGAGUUUAUAUGUUCUCCACUCUCAACCCAUCCUCAAUUUUCUCCUGCAUUUCCCUUCCUCGAAUGGAGACGACGCUCGAAAAUCUUUUCAGGUAUGUCCUUAUCCAACCCUCGAAAACUUCCCCUGCGUCGCUCGUUUCCGUUUCCCCCUAUUUCGGCCAAAAGAUCCCUAAUUAUAGCUCAUUGUGGUCGACCGACGAAGCGGCAAAAUUAUCUCAGGAAAAAGCUUACUCAACAACAGCAACAAUUCCAGCAGGCGAGCGGCAACCAGACUCCUCGUAAUUUGGAUAAAGUAGAUUUUUUUGACUCCGAGUUUGUUAACUCCGUUGAAGGAAAGGAGAGUCUCAAUGAAAUGAAUGUUGGUGGUAAUUUGCGUUAUUCUGAUGAUACUGGAAAUUUAGUAGUCGAACCAGGGAAUAAGAAAUUUGGGGAAUCUAUGAUGUGGAAUAAGCUAGAGAGUUGGGUUGAGCAGUAUAAGAAAGAUUUGGAGUUUUGGGGGAUUGGAACACGCCCUAUAUUUAUUGUUUAUCAGGAUUCUGGGGGUACGGUGGAAAGGGUGGUUGUGGAUGAGGAGGAAAUUUUAAGGAGAAGUCGAGUUGAUCCACAGUUGGAUAAUGAAAGUGAGGAAAUGGAUGAAGUUAAUUUCAAGAUAUCUUUUGCAAAAGAUUUGGCUAGAGAAAUGGAGAAUGGUGGUACUGUGAUUUCAAAGAAUAGUUCAGUGGCUAAGUUUUUGCCGACAGGUGAGGAAUCAAAACUUAUGGAAACUAUAAAUGGUGUUGCAUUGAAACCAGGCUUGAUAUCAAGAAUGUCAAGAGUUGGAGUCUUGGUAUUAUGCAGUGUCUAUGUGAUAUGGGCCAUUGGAAAACGUUUAACUACGAAGAAGGAUGAUAGAAAGUACACAAGGUUGGAGAAGGAAAUGCUGCGAAGGAAAAUAAAAGCUAGAGAACAGAAAGAAAAGUUGGUUAUGGAUAGUGUGGAAGUUGUAAAAGCCCCGAAGGAGCAUGAAACCUUGUCUCUUGCAAGGCCUAAUCUUGAUAAGGAAGCACUUAUGAAUAGCAUUAUUGAGGUGAAGAAAUCUAACAGCAAAUUGAAAUUGGCGGAGGAAUCCACACACGAACAGAAGGAAUUUGAAGCAAAACUUGAAGAAAUCAGGGCAAUGGCAAGGCACGCUCGAGAAACUGAGAGUGGAAACACUGCUGGGGAUAAUGGGGAGGAAGAGAAAUAUCAAGAUUUGGAAGAUUUACCUGACUACGGUGAAAGUCAAGAAAAUAAACAUAAUGUUCAGAAUCGUAGCAUUGGGAAGUCCGCUGAUGAAUGUUCAACCAAGGAAAGUGAGGCGGUUUAUGAAGAUAGUCAUGGUGUAGAAGUUACAAAUCCUUGUGGAUCCGAAAGCACAAGACCUCAAGUAUGCAACAAAUCCUCCGAUUUAGAUGAGGCAAAGUUAGACUUGGAUUCCCCAGGCAGUCAAUCAGACAUGAAUGAAAUUUCUCACCCGAAGAAGUUAAAGAUAAUAACAUCGGCUAAGGAAGCCAGGAAAUACCUCUUAAGAAAGAAUAAUAAUGUGGAGGCUAAUAAAAAACAUAAGGUUAAGAAAGAUGAUGCAGCAGAAACUGCUUCUACCAUGGCAAGGGCAAUUGUAGAAUCUGGUCAUGCAGACAAGACACUAAAUUUAGCUGAUGACACUUCCCGUUUGGGCUGCAUGCAUGGGUUUUUGCAUCUUUCCGAUGAUCAUAGUGUCAUUACUGAAACAGCAAAAGUUAAUGUGGUUAACCCUUGUGAUUUGGAAAAAUCCAGAGUCCCUGCAAUCCAUGAAGUUAGUAUGAAUAAGAAUGAAGCUGGAAUUUCUAUGCUGAAGAUGUCUGGGGAUCAGGAAGAUGAAACUAAAACAAGCCAAAACAAUAAUUGCAUAAAACAAAAAUCUUCUGUUGUUGACGGGGCAGCUUCUACAUCAGCUAAAGUUGAUUGUGAAGACCUAAAUUCUAGAGAAGUAUCUAAUAAACUCGAGAAGCAGAAUUCUGAUGGCUCUGAAAAAAAUGAAUCAUUUGCUCCUCAUCAGGUGUCUGGAAUUACCAGUGUUAAUGAUGGAAUGAACACAACUGCAGAGUUAUCAAAACCCGUAAAAAAGGAAAAUUGGAUUGAAAAUAACUUUAAUGAACUUGAGCCCAUUUUGGAAAAGAUUGGAAUUGGCUUUAGAGAAAAUUACCUGGUUGCACGGGAGAAAGCAGCUCAAGAAUUGGAUUCAAAAAUUGAGUUAGCUCAACUUCAGUCUGAGUUUUCUGAAGAGGAGCUUGGAUGGAUGAAAGAUGAAAGGCUUAGGGAGAUUGUAUUCAAAGUAAGAGAAAACGAGUUAUCGGGAAGAGAUCCAUUUCAUGACAUGGAAGAUGAGGAUAAAUCCAUGUUUCUGUGUGGGCUUGAGCAGAAGGUUGAUAAAGUAAAUGAGAAGAUGUUGAAACUACAUGAAUAUUUACACUCGAACAUUGAAAACCUUGAUUAUGGAGCAGAUGGAAUUAGUGUGUAUGAUCCCCCAGAGAAAAUCAUUCCACGGUGGAAAGACCCACCUGUAGAGAAGAGUCCCGAGUUUCUGGAAAACUUUAUGCAACAAAGGAAGGUCCUUGCUGCUGAGAGCCUUAAAAAUUCAUCUAUCUCAAAGAAUUCUGAAAAAUCUGCCAUUCGUAAUUCAGAAGACCCUUCUUCCCAGGAUAACCUUCAGGAAGUUUCUGGGACUGAACACCAGAAAGAUAUAUUAGCAUCUUCGAAGACUGUUAUACAAGGAAGUGAUGGUUCAGUUAAGAAGGGAAAAAGAUCUGGAAAGGAGUUUUGGCAGCACACCAAGAAAUGGUCUCAAGGAUUCCUGGAGUCUUAUAACGCAGAGGAAGACCCAGAAGUUAAAGCUGUUAUGAGGGAUAUGGGAAAAGAUUUGGACAGAUGGAUCACUGAGAAAGAAAUAAAGGAAGCUGCUGAGCUGAUGGACAAACUUCCUGAAAAGGGACAAAAGUUUAUCAAACAAAAACUCGACAAGGUAAAAAGAGAAAUGGAACUGUUUGGACCACAAGCUGUGGUGAGCAAGUACCGAGAGUAUGCAGAAGAAAAGGAAGAAGAUUACCUAUGGUGGCUAGAUCUUCCUUUUGUACUGUGCUUAGAAUUGUACACUGUGGACAAUGGGGAGCGAAGGGUGGGCUUAUAUUCAUUGGAGAUGGCCGAGGACCUGGAAUUGGAACCCAAGCAAUACCAUGUUAUUGCUUUUGAGGAUGCUUCUGACUGCAAGAGUUUUUGCUACAUUAUACAAGCUCAAAUGGAAGUGCAGGGAAAUGGCAAUGCAUUUGUUGUUGCUAGGCCACCCAAGGAUGCUUUCCGGGAAGCCAAAGCAAAUGGGUUCAGUGUAACUGUUAUCAGGAAGGGUCAACUGCAGCUGAACAUAGACCAAACACUAGAUGAAGUGGAAGAGUCUAUCAAAGAGAUAGGUAGCAAGAUAUAUCAUGAUAAAAUCAUGAAGGAACGUGGAGUCGACGUAAAUUCUUUAAUGAAGGGGGUAUUUGGCAUCAGUAAAUCAACCAAAAGGAAGAGGUCAAAGCAAAUACUGAAACACAUCAAUCCAUGAAAACUAGCUCCGAACUUUGAAGUGGAGGUUUGAUGGUUGAGUUUCAUCAAGGCUGAUCUGAUUGCAUUGCACCUCAGAUUGUGCUUUGUGCUUCAUAUGCAUUGAAGGCGCAAAGCGAGUAUGUCCAGCAUAUAAAUAAUAAUGAGAAAAAGCACGACGUCUGGAUUGACAGGCAGAGCAGAUCGUAUAAUCGUAUCGUGGGACAUAUCUAUGAUCUCAUCUAAGACAACUAGCUAAAUGCCACCACAAGUUGCCUGAGAAACUGAGGGGAUUUCUCGAGCACAAGAUAUGAUGAAGUCGUUAAAAGCGAUGAUGAACCAGUACUUCCACCUAGUUCGAUUACACGAAGCUGUGCCAAGAAGUUUCAAACUAAUAUUAUGGCAUUAGUUCUACACUUGGAAGAGGAGAACAUGCAUAAAGUGGAAGCAUGAAGGCCAAUGGAAAGAGCGUUGUCAAUAUUGGAGUGCAUCCAUGAUCCAUGCACUUCAUUCCGUUGUAGACCACAAUUUGUAAUGCCCAUCGGAGUUGCUACUCACAUCAUUAUCUCAUGUGGGAUCGGAGGUGUUCUACAUUAUUUAAUAAGCAUUAUCAUUGUUGGGCUGCCUCAAGAUAUGUAGUUGAGAGACCUAUUCGAACAGCUUGUCGAGUGCGCACACAUUUAAGGAGGAUGCAUAAUUUGGUAAACAGAGAAGCAGAAGCAUUAGAUGGAAUUCAUCUUGUUCCGAGUGGGAUGGAUGAGUUUAUAGGUAUCAAACAGAAGCAGUAUGCAUUUCAUUGUGAUGCAAUUAAAGGAAAAAUUAAACUGCUUUCGGAACCCUUUGAAGUUUUUUAAUUUGAUUUUUGGAGAAGACCAGACAGUUUUCGUGAAACUGAGCUGCACAUAGAAGCCACAAAUGAGGGUAUUGUUCAUGCUAUCAUCUCAUGGUACUUGAUUUGGCGCAUAGGUGGUUGCUUCCUUCAACUAGACAGUCAAGGCACUGUAUUAUAUUUGACUGCUCCAAAUUGGAUACACUGCAGUGAUGCGAAAGGUACUCAAAAUUGGUGCGACCAUUGGAAACAAAGUGUUUGGUUCUCCCCAAGAUCAGAUGACUUGCAUGCAGUCAAAGAUGAGGAGGUUCAAUUACGUGCUGCUCAUACUGAAACAAGCAUCUUGUAUAAUUUGAAUGCUUCAGGAGACGAGAAAGAGGUUCCACAUCACUAUUUUAUAUGGCGAUAGUGCCUGGAGAUGCAUCAUGUGUGCCGCCAUUAAGAGUGCUUUGCAUCAGAGACAAUCUCCGGUGUGUUUAGUUGCAGAUGAUAGCAUUUUCUUGUCAGUUGCCAUCGCGCAUCUUUCCAAGAGUUUGCAGUUACUUGCAUUAUUUCCUGGACUUGGAAAGAAGGCUGUGCAAUAUCUGCAAUUGGUUGCUGCAGCAAAUAGCUACUCUAUGGACGUAUAGUCUUUAUAUAUAAUAAGGAUUUGCACUUGACUCUGCAAGCUUCACAACAGAAAAAGAAUAAUUUGUUUGUUGCGGAGCCAUUCUAGUAUGGACAUGAUAAUGCUCUUCCCUGGCAAAAUUACGAUUUUGGAAAUAUGCCCAAGGUUGAGUAUACUCAGCAGCGAUGCAGUUUGAUUUCUCGAAACCAAUGUUCUAGAAAAGAAAAAGACAUUGGUAUUUUCUCUGGUCAAGCCGUGAAGCUUUUGAAUGAACCGAAGCAAUGGAGAUUAAGGACUGCAAUUCUUCAAUGGUAGAGGGUGUUUUUUGAUCCAUCCAUCCUCACUCUGCUUCCUUGAGAGAGUUGAUCCGUCCUAGCAUUUAUCAUCUGUUUUAGUGUUUUGCUGCUGCUGGAUUGAAAUCUCAAAUCUGGCAAAUAGUGCACAAGUCAGUCAGUCAUGAGACAAAGCAUCAAAGGAAGUCAGUCGUCUUCAGUUCAGUUCAGUUCAUAUGGACUGGACUGGACUGGACUGACUGCAUGAUGUGAAACAAAAAACAAUGCCUGUGGCUGUGGCUGUGUGGCUCUGGCUGUCAACCAUCAUCACGUUUUAGAAGAGGAGCUCAUCUCAUGAAAUGUUUCAUGCAUUCAUUCAUUAUUCAAAAAAUCCUCAUUAAUAGAAUAAUAGGUUUUUGAAACUAUGUAAACAAAUGAGUCAGUGCUCAUUGCUCCGGCCCUCGCUCCUGCCUGCCCUGGUUGGUCCGCCCCCCUUCGAAUUCGUCGAUCUCAGGCUCAGGCUGUUACCAAGGAUCAUUUCAUUUAUUCAGGUAGGACCUUUUCUUUUAUACCCGAUCCGACGAAGACCACUCUAUUCGGGUCGGAUUCGUAAGUAGUAGUAGUAUUAUAAAAUAAAUUACUCCGGCGAUCUAUUGAGAAGCCAAUAAGAAGAAGAAGAAGAAGAAGAAAUCAUCGAUGGCGAAUGGUAAUCUGCGCUGUGGGAAACGAAGCCGGCAGAAGAAAAGGAAGAGGACGAAUUCCUACUGACGGAAACUUUUAAGAGAUACUGAUGGGAUUCUUGCUACAUACACAAAUCAAGUAUUGAGUGAUGGAACUAUGUACUGGAGAAAAGACUGAAGAAGACAGUUGCGGAUUCCAAAUUACAAAUUUUUCCCAUGUAUAUGAUGAUGUUACGCUUCAUUUUCAUAUUAUUCGACUUCACAAACAGAUUUAUGCAUGGGUUGGUUGCAACUUAAAGCUUGGACAUAUAUAUGCAGCUGCACCUACACGAGCCAAUGAUGGUGUUGGCAUAGCUUCUUAAUUGGUGGGGCUUCUGAUAAUGUAGGAUCUGGUAUCGCACGACGAGCAGUUCUCAAGACUGGUUUCAACGUUAUAUUUGCUUGUAAUAUACCACAAAAGAGUCCUGUGCUUGAGGUUAGGUCUAUUUCUCUCCCUCUCCCUCUCUCUCUCACUAAAUUCGUUAGGUACCCUGACUAGAUAAAAAAUUGCAAAAAUGAUGAUGUAUUGUACUCACAAGCAUUAUCAGUACGAAGGACUUUAAUAGGAUGGGAGAAUUGAGUGUGAAUUAUCUAAGCAAAAUGAGCAUAUAUAGAAGGUAAUUCAGAAUGAUUUUUCAAAAAAUAAAUCCAAGUAAAUCGUGAAAAAUCAUCAAUAAAUAUAACAUAAUACUGAAAACCACUGACGGAAGCAACAUGAGAAGGAUCCCAAAUGUCAGAAUGGACUAAAGAAAAAGAUUCAGUAGCAAUAGAUUAACUUUCUGAAAAACUAAGAGCAGAUUGUUUGCCAAGUUGACAAUCGACACACUUAAAAGACUCAAAACGACCUGGACUUAAAAGACCUUUAGUAUGAAGUGACUGGAGCUUACUGGAAGACGCAUGAGCUAGGCGAAUAUGCCAAUGAAGACUAAAUGAAUCAGAGGUAAGAGCUGCAGAGCAGGGAUAUGUGCAGGAGGUACGAAGAGACUCAAGCUCAAAUAACCGACCCGUUUUGCGUCCCGUCCCGAGAAGCUGACCCGUUUGAGAAUCCUGAACCUGCACACCACCAGAAGAGAAUGUAACGGUAAGACCUUGUUCAACUAAUUGACCAAUAGAGAUAAGAUUUAAGGCUAAGUCGGGGAUGCAAUAUGUAUCAGGAAGAUAUAAGGAAGGGGAGGACGCAAGACCGGUGUGGGUAAUAUGCAUGGUAGUACCAUUGGCAGUAUGUAUAGGUGGUAAAUGGGAGACAAGGGACAUAUAAGUCAAGUUCCGAGGGUUAGAGGUCAUAUGGUUACAACAACCAUAAUCAAAAUACCAAAUAUAUGUACCUGGAGUGGUAGACAUAGCAGAAUUGGUUUCCAUAACCUGUUUGAUGAUGGCUUCUAUGUCGUGAGGAUUGUAAGGCGCAUGCUGAGUCUCAUCAGUAGUAGCAACCGUAAUCGUACAGUCGAAGAAGACCCACUAGGCUCCCGAGAUUUGGGAGCAAAGCUACAGGAAUCUCUAAGAGCAGAACUACCUGAACGUUGAGAUCUUGUGGGACAGACCGGAGCAAUAUGCCCACGCAGAAGACAUGAGUGACACUCAAUCUUCGGACAGGUAAACCAAGUGUGAUCAAGAGAUUUGCAAACUCGACAUUCAGUACGAGCAGAUCAGGACUGGCGAGACACAGCUAAAGCAGAAUCAGAACUUGGUGUCUUAGCCAAUUGGAGACGGGUCUCCUCAAAAGUAAUCUCCUGAAUGGCAGCAUCAAGAGUAGGCAAGGAUGUCGAUGUAGGAGUGAGGCACAAACAGCCUCAUAUUCAGGUCGAAGGGCCAUCAAGAUCUGAAUAAGGUCAAGAUGGUCCUGGCCAAUUUGUGACUGCCGGAGACGAUAACGAAUAGGCUGAACCUGAGCAAGAAAUUCAUUAACAGACUGACCAGGUUGCUGUCGGGCGGAGCUCAUCGUCGUCCAAAGUUGAUAAUAAUGAGCAAGACCUGUGGUCUGAAAACGAGCAGCAAGGAAAUUCCAUGCCUCCUUUGCAGUAUCAAAAGGAGUCAAUUGUACCUGAAUCGCAGGUACAUAAGUAUUGCGCAACCAAGUAAGAAUCUGAUGAUUCUUACUAUCCCAAUCUUCCAAUUUGGCAAUAUAAUUUUAAUGCCCCCGAGAUGUGGGAUCAACAUGCACAAAAGGAGAUGGAGAGACAAGUAGUCGAAUAUCGCCAGUGACAAUUCGCCAUAACUUCCUACCAAUCAAGAAACUUUUCAUAGACUGCAUCCAAAGAUCAUAAUUAUCGCCGGACAAGAUAGUAGUAAUAGGUAAAUGAACGUCCAUACGCUCCAUAACAAAAAAAACGUAUAAAAAUAUGUGAAUCACGAAAUCAAAGCCCAAAUAAAAAAAAAAGUAGAUCGAAUAAUCCAAUAGGUAUCAGUCGCAAAAUGAGAUCAACUCCGAUGACAAAACCAACCACACCACGACGUAGGGAACAAAGCAGGAGGCGGCGACCGAAAAAGAAAAAACGACCACCGGAGAAGGGCGGAUGAUGGACGGCGAACAACGGCGGCAACGACUAGGGUUUUGGUUUUGGAAAAUCAUGCUCUGAUACCAUGUUAGAAAUUUUGGGGGAAAAUAAUGAGAUUAUCUUAUUAUCGUCAAAAUAAGGAGCCUAUAUAUAGGCCAUACAAAAUAGACUCGAUAGACUCAAAUCUAAGUAAUCUAAUCUAUGAAUAAGAUCAAAUCUAAAUAUAAAUCUACUAAAUCUGAAUAUCU